AUGUACGUAUCGCACCGAGACGUUCGCAUAAACCUCACCCCGUGUGAGACGGCGGAAGUUUUGCAAUAUGUGCCGGGCGCGACCUCCAUUUCACGAGGAUUGCUUGGGACGCAGGAAUAUCCACGAUCUAGCGAGUGCGUCAGAGGCAAACAAUUAGAUAAGCUCUCAGUAACAAUGAAGCACUCAGCCCCCUACGCUUUAAACUUAGUGGAGCAGAAGACGAGCUCCUAUGCAAAUCUAUUUCCAGACCCUACCGGGGAAAAGUAA